AUGGAAAAAUUGGAGAACGAAAAUGAAUUUAAACAAGCCUGUCUGGAUUACCAUAAAGGCCUUGUUCACGGAAAGUAUGAAGUUAUCCCAAACAAGCCAAUGGAUGGACAGAAGGAUCUUAGUCUGGCUUAUUCACCAGGAGUUGCCUAUCCAUGCCUUGAAAUCGAAAAAGAUCCAAGCACUUCUUUCUAUCUUACUAAUAGAGCAAACUCUGUCGGACUCUUCACUAAUGGAACCUCAGUCCUUGGGUACGGAGACAUUGGUGUACUAGCUGCAAAGCCAGUCAUGGAAGGAAAGGUAGUCAUCAUGAAGCUCCUCGGAGACCUUGAUUCUCUUGAUAUUGGAGUAGAUACUAAAGAUCCAGAUGAAUUUGUCAAUGCCCUAGCACUCCUUGAGCCGUCAUUUGGAGCUUUCAAUUUGGAGGAUAUCAAAGGUCCUGAAUGUUUCUACAUUGAAGAGGAACUACAGAAGAGAGUUGGCAUCCCAGUCAUGCAUAGUGGUCAGCACUCCUCAUCAUGCGUUAUCACUGCGGCUCUUAUUAACGCAUGUGAAGUGAAUGGAAAGAAGCUAGAAGACCUCAAAAUCGCAGUUUCUGGAGCUGGAGCUUCAGGAAUAUCUAUUGCUAAACUUCUUCCAGAAUUUGGUGUGAAGCAAGAGCAUAUCCUUGUCUGCGACUCAAAGGGUGUCAUUUAUAAGGGAAGAGAAGAAAACAUGAACAAAUAUAAGGAAUCCAUAGCAGUUGAGACUGAAGCAAGAACACUCGAACAAAUUGUUGAUGGAGCUGAUGCGUUCAUCGGACUCUCAUUUGCUAAUCUUUUAACACCUGAAAUGCUCAAAACAAUGGCUAAGGAUCCUAUCGUGUUUGCAUUAGCAAAUCCUACCCCAGAGAUCGAUCCUGCUUUGGCCAGAGAAACCAGAGAAGACAUUAUUAUCGCUACUGGACGUUCAGACUAUCCAAAUCAAAUUUUGGAUGCUAUGAUAUUCCCAUUUUUUUUUAGGGGUGCAUUGGACGUCGGCGCAAAAUCUUUUAAUCUUGAAAUGAAGAAAGCAGCUGUCCAAGCUGUGGCAAAAGUAGCCAGAAUGGAAGUACCUCAACAAGUAAAGGAUGCUUACUCCAACCAAGAUAUGGAAUUUGGCAAAGACUACAUCCUGCCAACUCCAUUCGAUCAUAGACUUUUGAUGGAGGUAUCAUUUGCCGUUGCCAAAGCUGCUCAUGAUUCAGGUAACACAUUCAAGCCUUUUGAGGACUGGGACCAUUACAAAGAGAAACUCGACAAGAGAGUUGAAGAGAAGAGAGUCUACAUUGAGGAGCAGGUGGAGGAAGCCAAACUGAGAUAUAAGAAUAUAUACAAGCAGAUCAGACCUGACGCUACUGAGAUCACUCAAUAA